UUUUAUAUAAUGGCAUCUUCUUUGUCUUUUGAACAACUCAAAGUUACGAUCAACUCUUCUCCUGAGAGUGCUUUGAUCCACAAAGAUGUUGAGCACCAGUUUAAAUUGCUGCGGGAGCAUAUUUCAAGUCUUGAUAUUAAGACGGUAACGCAAGGUUUGAAUUUGUUUUAUGAUUUAGAAUUAGGUCUGGGGGAGAGAGAUUCGAAUUGGAGCUGGGUAAGGUUUUCUGCUGAUAGAUGA